AUGCGCGACCUCAAACAGCGCUUGCUCGAUCUAUUACGCUCCGGCGGCAACCAGCACAAUCACAACAACAAUGCCGGCGCCGAGCACAGUGCAACUCAUGGACAACAACGUCAACCACAGCAACAACAACUAUACCAUCACCCACAGAUGCAAUCCAUACACAAGCCGAAAAAAUUGCAUGAAUAUACAGCCGCCGAUUGCAAUGCGGCAUUUUUGCGCAAAUAUCAUGAACUUGGCGUUAGUCGAGAUCGGGAGCGGGAGCGGGAGCGUGAGCCCAACAAUACGUUGGGCGCUGGCGCCAAUGUCAUCUAUUUCAAUGAGAAUCUGUCAAUGACCAGCAAGUAUAAUGUGCGCCAAUUUCCGCUUGCCCGAUAUCCUUCGUGUCCCAUAGGCAGCUUUAACAUGAACAUGUCCUCCGACCCCAAUGGCAACAAUAACUCCAGCAGUAGUCUAGCAGACGACACGGAGAGCGAGAAAUACAAUUUUUGCUCAGAUGAGGAUCAGAGCAGUAAUACGUUGAUACUCCGAAGUCAGCGACACAAUAAUGAACUCUUGCCAGAUAUGCAUGACAUGGAAAUGGAUGCGGAUGACAUGGAGGAGGAGGAGGACAUGGACCAGGCUGAAUCGCAGCUGGACUCGUUCUGCACUCUCUGCACCUCAACGUUUAGCUACAAUAAAUGUUGUCGCUACUGCGAGAAUUCGCUAUGCGGCUCCAAAUGUAAUUCAGAGCGUGGAUCCCAUGCCAGUCGCUUCAGUCGCAAUGGCCUCGGCAUGAUGGCGGGCAUCGACGGCGAACAGCGCUUCGGCGGUAGUAUGCGGAUGCUUGCAGAAACGCCCGUAAUGGCCAUGAGAACUAUUCACGACUAUGCACUGAGCCCAAAUGUUCAGCCAAAGCAUAACAAACUGAACAAUCUUCAUAGCCACAACAUCAUCAACAACAACAACAACAACAGCAGCAACAAAAACAUCAACCACAUAAAUAAUAGCAAUUUUAACAAACAUAAUAACAACAUCAACAGAAUGCAUGCCCAUCAGUAUGAUUCAUAUCUAAUUGGAGGCGUUGGUGGAGCCAUCAACGGUCUGCCCAUCAACAUGCCCAGUUCCAUGCAUCCGGGGAAUAUUUCGGCUAGCGAAAGACCCAACGGAGGAGCAUUGGCACUGCACUACGCAGCUGCCCGCGGCUGUUUGGACUGCGUACAGUUGCUGGUCGCUGCAUCGGUAGAUAUUUGCGCAAAUACGCAAAUGGACAAUGAUGUCACGCCCGUGUAUCUGGCGGCGCAGGAGGGGCACUUGGAGGUGCUGAAGUUUCUGGUGCUUGAAGCGGGCGGCUCAUUGUAUGUGCGCGCACGCGACGGCAUGGCACCGAUCCAUGCCGCUUCACAAAUGGGCUGUUUGGAUUGCCUCAAAUGGAUGGUUCAGGACCAGGGCGUUGAUCCGAAUCUUCGAGAUGGCGAUGGCGCUACACCACUACACUUUGCCGCCUCCCGCGGCCAUUUGUCUGUGGUGCGGUGGCUGCUGAACCACGGAGCCAAACUGUCGUUGGACAAGUAUGGAAAAUCGCCGAUAAAUGAUGCAGCAGAAAAUCAACAGGUUGAGUGCUUAAAUGUUUUGGUGCAACAUGGAACAUCGGUGGAUUAUAAUAAUGGACGGGGCGCGACUGGUAGUUCGGGAAGCGCUGUUGCUGACAAGAGUGUCUCGCAGCGACAACAUCAACAGCAGCAGCAGCAGCAGCAGCAGCAACAACAACAGCAACAACAACAACAACAUCAACUUUUGACCAACGGCAGCAGCUGCAAUUCAAAUUCGAGCAAGCAAACCAGUCGCAGCAAUACCAUCAAAUCGAAAUCCUCAUCUACGCUAAGCUCCGAUGUGGAACCCUUCUAUUUGCAUCCACCAGCGGUAAACGCCGCUGCUGCCGCUGGGCUCGUGACACGAAAGAAUAGCGAUGCCUUAUACUCGCAGCACUCGCAACAGUCGCUUUCCUCAUCGGAGAAACUCUACAAUGGCGUUGGAGGCGGAGGUAGCAGCGCGAUGUUGCCUAACGAUGGACUCUAUGUGAAUCCGAUGCGCAAUGGUGGGAUGUAUAAUACUCCCUCGCCGAAUGGCAGCGUAUCUGGGGAAUCGUUUUUCUUGCACGAUCCCCAAGAGAUCAUCUAUAAUCGUGUAAGGGAUCUGUUUGUCGAUUCCGACUGUAGCAGCGUAAAGCAACAUCAUCCGCAUCCGCAUCCGCACGCCCAUCCACAUCAGCAGCUUCAUCAUCAGCACGCCCCAAAAGCCGGCAAUGCGCUCACCAUACAGGCCGAUGUCCAUUCGAGUUCCAGCGGUGCAGGCAGCGGUUCCGACGAAUCCGUUUCCAUGUCUUCCAGUUUCAAUUCACCAAAAAGCAACAGUCACAACCAUCAUCAUGACUACGAAGAUAUUUAUUUGGUACGUGAAGAGUCGCGCAAGCAGCAUUUGCAUCAACAUCAGCAGCACCAUCAGCUGCAGCACCAACAGCAACAGCAGCAACAUCAACAGCAGCAACAACAACAACAACAAAUGCAACAGCAGCAGCACAAUAAAUAUAAUGUGGGUCGCUCUCGUUCCCGAGACAGUGGCUCGCAUUCACGAUCGGCGAGCGCCAGUUCGACACGCAGCACCGAAGUGGUUCUCCAAUAUAGCAACCAUCACUUGAACAAUAAGCGAGCCACCAGCGGCAGCAAUAACAGCAACAGUAGCAAUAACAAUAUGCUGAAUCGCAAUAAAUCACACUCAAUGAUUGGACUGCACAGCAGCAAAUACGAGUCAAAGGACAGCUAUAGUGCGAAGAAUGUGAAUCUGAAGAAUCAGCUGAACGGUGGCAUCAAAAGUGAUACCUACGAGAGCGUCUGUCCGCCCGAGGAUGUUGCCGAACGCACCAAAUUGUCGAACAAGAACUCAAUGAUUCGCAACAAUCUGAUUGAUGCGGCCGCUCACAGCAACAGCAGCAACAAUCUGAAUGGUCAUCAUGGCAGCAACAACAACAUCUAUCAGUCGAACAGAAAUCUGAAACGCGUCUCUUCAGCGCCUCCCAUGCAAAACCUGGCAGUGGUUAAUGGACCGCCACCACCGCCCCUGCCGCCGCCACUUCGUGCCGCUGUCCAUAAUAAUUACAAUUCGACAGCCGAGCAUAAUAAUAAUAAUAAAAAUAUUAGCAACAACAGUGCAUACAAGAAACACUCAUUUGGAAAUCACACGAACACUAAUUCGAAUCCUAAUCUAGCCGCCCCAGCAGCUGUCGGAGGAGCUGUGGCUCCCGACGCUGUGGACUCUGACUCCGGUCUGGAAGUUAUUGAGGAGCCCAGUCUGCGACCAUCGGAGCUGGUUCGCGGCAAUCACAAUCGCACCAUGUCCACCAUAUCGGCGAACAAGAAAGCCAAGCUAUUAAAUGGCAACAUCAGCUCCGCAGCCGUCGUCGCCAGCGGCGGCGCAUGCAACGCCAAUGGGGAGCUGGCCAACGGCAUGCGCACUGGCGGCCCAAAUCUGGUGAACAAGCAACUGGUGUUGCCUUUCGUGCCGCCCAGUUUUCCCAAUAAGUCGCAAGACGGCGUCACGCAUCUCAUUAAGCCGUCCGAGUAUCUGAAGAGCAUUAGCGAUAAGCGUUCGUGUUCAUCGUCAGCACGUGGCAGAGAUGUACAGUUGCUCGCAAUUAAGCACGAGCGCCAGCUUAAACAACUCAUGGAUUUGCAAUCCAACGCUGUGCCGAAGAUGAUACUGCGCACACGCCACGCCUGGCGCAGCUCCACGGAUACGGAGGACUACAUGCAAAUCCAAAUAGCUCAGCAACAUCAUCAUCCCAUGGGCAUGGGCGAGCAGCCGCCGCAGCCGCCGCCGCCGCCUCCCUUGCCGCACAUCAUACCGCCACCCAUGCCCAUGAUGUUGCCCCCGAUGAUCGGUCAGGAUGGCAGCGAGGCGGGCAAGUCGCAUAAAUCGACAAAGAAGUCACACGGAUCGGCGCCCAACAGCCAGGAUACAGCCUCUCGCAAGCAGCAUCAGCCGCUAUCGGCGAUUUCCAUUCAGGAUUUGAACAGCGUGCAGCUGCGUCGCACGGACACCCAGAAGGUGCCGAAACCGUAUCAGAUGCCUGCCCGUAGCCUGAGCAUGCAGUGUCUAACGACCGGUUCGGAUACUUAUCUAAAGACAGAUCUGAUAGCGGAACUGAAGAUAUCGAAAGACAUACCCGGCAUCAAGAAGAUGAAGGUGGAACAGCAGAUGGCGAACCGGAUGGACUCGGAGCACUAUAUGGAGAUAACUAAACAGUUUACGGCCAACAACUAUGUGGAUCAGAUAUACUUACAGAUACCAGAAAAGGAUCAGACUGGCAAUGCCAUACCCGACUGGAAGCGCCAGAUGAUGGCCAAAAAAGCGGCCGAACGUGCUAAGAAGGACUUUGAGGAGCGCAUGGCCCAGGAAGCGGAAUCACGACGUCUCUCCCAGAUACCGCAAUGGAAGCGCGAUUUGCUCGCACGUCGCGAGGAAACCGAAAACAAACUGAAAGCGGCUAUCUACACGCCCAAGGUGGAGGAGAAUAAUCGCAUUGCGGACACAUGGCGGCUGAAGAAUCGCGCCAUGUCCAUUGACAAUAUCAAUCUGGCCAGUUGCAGUGGUGGUCUGACCAUCGAACAACAGCAUCAGCAGCAGCAACAACAACAACAGCAGCAGCAGCAACAACAACAACAGCAAAUGGGGAAUAAGGAGAAUACCAACAACGGUGAUGCGACGAUCAAUGGCGAUCUGGAGCAGCAACAACAGCCGCCGCGCGAUCCGCUCGAUCAGCCGGAGGAGGAUGACAGCGAGAAUAUUAUUCCAUGGCGGGCACAGCUGCGCAAAACCAACAGUCGUCUCAGUUUGAUUUAAGGGUAUUUGGGUUGUACGUAUAUACAAGUAGUACUUAUGAGUGAUGAGUGCGUGUUUCUGGGCGGGAAGCAGCUACGGGAGGGGGCCCUCAGACGUGGC